GCUCAGUCGCCUGCAUUGCAGAACAUCCCAGAAGCAAUACUGAGUUCAUAUACUUUCCACGUAUCACUAUAAUGGCAACGACUCCGAUCCUCGACCACAUCGUCAUCCUCGUGCCAUACGAGACGCUCACAAAUGUCCCACAUUGGCUCACCAAUGCUUUUACCGUCCUGGAAGGAGGACGCCACGCCGACGGUGUCACAGAAAAUAAACUGAUCCUACUUCAGGAUGGCGUCUACUUUGAGCUCAUCGCGUUUGUCCCUGGCAAAGAAGAGGAGAGGAAGUCUCACAGGUGGGGCGCGAGACGUUCCGGCCAUAUCAUUGACUGGGCGACCACGCUGCACGAAGAGGAUGACCUAGACACUAUUCGAGAGAGGGUCAAGAUCGCACGUACAGGCAUACAGUAUACCAGCCCUACACCAGGAGGCAGGAUCAAGCCUGACGGCACCGAGCUGAAAUGGAUCAUCUCAUCACCCUUCUUCGAACUGGACAAGGCAGCCGGCGUCGAUGAGUUUGUCGGCGGCGAAGCUCCUUUCUGGUGUCUGGAUCGCACACCUCGGGAGAAUCGGGUACCUUUCCACUCCAAACACAACGUUGAGCAUUCCUCAGGCGCGCUGGGAGUCCACCAGAUAUCCAUCUCCGUUCGAGGGCAAGCUCUGUUUGACGUACUCAAGGCGACAUACGAUGCACUCAAUGGCAUUGAGGGAACAGAGAUCGAAGAACCUAAAGGAAGCCGAGCAUUCAGAUGGCCAAUCGGAGUACUAGAGUCUGUAGACGGGGGAGCUCCGCAGGCUACUCUGCUCCUGGUUCAAAUUGCACCCGGCACCGCUGCGGAUGAUGGGAGUGACGCUUCCGUCAACAUCUCACUCAAAUCCAACACAGGCAGCGAUUCGAUUGGUGGCAAUUUGGGUGAUGAGAAAUGCAAGAUUCAGUUUGAUCUUGAGAAAGUGGCUACAAAAACAGACUCUGGUCCUUGGGCGACCACUUGAGACAAGGGCACAACAGAUCGAGACAAUAUAAUUCAAACAACCUAGGUAUAUAAGCGAACCAUCGUGAUUGCCCUCAAA